AAGUAAAAUAUUAAAAUAAUCCAAUAUGCAUGACCCUGUCUCGCCACGCUCCUUCCGCAUGAACCCGGGUCAUUACAGUUUAGCGGGCCCCACGCCACGUGGCAGCCCGCUAUUGAUCAGUUUUUUUUUUAUUUUUUUUUUUUUUAAAAAAAAAUCAAAUGAAAAAUAAAUAAAAAAAUAAUAAAAAAUCAAAUUGGUAACCCCAACUAGGGAUUCAUUAAUGCGCUUGCUCUAACAUGAUCUUUCUUGGAGGGUUGUUCGAAAAUUUAGAGAGAGAAAGUUAUCCCCUUGAUACUGUGUGAGUGUAGUUUCUCAUAGAGUAUGUGAGAAACUGAGUAUGUUAGUGUUUCUCAUUGUGUGCGUGUGUGUUGAAAUGCUUGAACCAACAUGUAUAAGAGAUGUUUAUUAUGUGAACUUUGAUAGAAGGCAAGGCCUCAGCUAGGGUUGAUAAGUUCUCAAAAAGCGAUAUCAUUGUUUCUCCAUCAAUCCUAUCUGCCAAUAUAUCACUGUAGCCGUCGUCAUUCACCUUAAUGUAGUAGUAUUUAUUUGAUACUAUCUCAUUUAACCAACUUUUGCCCUAAUUAAUUAAAUAAAAGGGGAUUAUAAAUUUGCUUCUCCCUCUCUCUCUUUGAUCGAAAAAAAAGGUUCGGAAAUCCCUAAAAAAAACCAAAAAAAAAUAGGAUCAUCAUCUUCGUUGUCGAUGGACGAGUACUCUAGCAUGAAAGCCGCCGCCGAAGGGAAGAAAUUGCCCCGUUCGGAUCUUAUGGAUACUGCUAAACGAAUGUUUGAGGAGCAAAGACGCAUGGUUAAGAUUUCCGUGGAGGGAUACGAUACUUCGAUGAUUCCUGCAGUUGAUAUCGCCAAUGCGUUGACGAAUCGUUUCAGUUCAUGUGGACGAAUCUGUAAUCUUGACAUUCCCAGAGACCCUAUAACAAAUGUUGUCAACAGCAAAUGUUCCUUUUUCCAACUCUGCGGAGGAGAAGGCGCCGAAGAGAAGGCCUUGGCACUUGAUGGAACUGACAUGGGAGGGUGGAAUGUAACAGUUAAGGUGUUACCUCACGAUGAUCUUGAGUUUACUACCGAUCAGCUGGCUGCUAUGAGCAUUUCACACUUUAAGAAAACCAGGAGCGAAGGCGUUUCCGUUAGAGGAUAUGACACUUCCCUUCCUUCGAAUGAUAUCAAGAGCGCUUUGACUAAGCAUUUCGCUUCAUGUGGAGAGAUAACUGAUGUUUUUGUUCUCAAAAGACGGGCUGUUAUUUACUUUUUCGGAUGGCAUGCAAUAAGUAAGGCGGUUGAACUCAGUGGAAGUAGCGUGGGAGGAUGUGAACUAGUUGUUAAGGCUUUGCCAGUACCUAAAAGAAACCUCGGCCCACCUCCUCCACCUAGUCUUCCUUUUUGGCUAUACUAUCCCUGCUGAAUGUGUUGAGGCUGCUCAUAAGAUACAUAUGGCUCAGAAGAUGACGGCAGAGUAGAGGAUAAAUAUCAGAAGAAGCUAGACAGAACCUAAUGUUACCCCCUUUUUUUUUUACCACUCGGUCUCUCUUAUUAAUCGUGUGAUACAAUGCAACCUCUUUUUAUUACAUGGUCUUUCUUAUGUUUGUUUCAA